GAGCUGAGCCGGGCAGAGCAUCCUGCGCCCCGGCCCGGGGCCCAGCGGUAUCAUCCGGCCGCUCUCCUGGACCUGCCGCAGACCCAGUGAGCAAAACAGAAACGGCAGCCAUGACGACCCACGUGACCCUGGAAGAUGCCCUGUCCAACGUAGACCUGCUGGAAGAGCUGCCCCUCCCUGACCAGCAGCCAUGCAUCGAGCCUCCGCCAUCCUCCAUCAUGUACCAGGCUAACUUCGACACAAACUUCGAGGACAGGAAUGCCUUUGUCACAGGCAUUGCAAGGUACAUUGAGCAGGCCACGGUCCACUCCAGCAUGAAUGAAAUGCUGGAGGAAGGGCACGAGUAUGCAGUCAUGCUGUACACCUGGCGCAGCUGUUCCCGGGCCAUCCCCCAGGUGAAAUGCAACGAGCAGCCCAACCGAGUGGAGAUUUAUGAGAAGACAGUGGAGGUGCUGGAGCCAGAGGUCACCAAGCUCAUGAAGUUCAUGUACUUUCAGCGCAAGGCCAUCGAGCGGUUCUGCAGUGAGGUGAAGCGGCUGUGUCAUGCCGAACGGAGGAAGGACUUUGUCUCUGAAGCCUACCUCCUGACCCUGGGCAAGUUCAUCAACAUGUUCGCCGUCCUGGACGAGCUGAAGAAUAUGAAGUGCAGCGUCAAGAAUGACCACUCUGCCUAUAAGAGGGCUGCGCAGUUCCUGAGGAAGAUGGCGGACCCCCAGUCUAUCCAGGAGUCGCAGAACCUGUCCAUGUUCCUGGCCAACCACAACAGGAUCACCCAGUGUCUGCAUCAGCAACUGGAAGUGAUCCCAGGCUAUGAGGAGCUGCUGGCGGACAUUGUCAACAUCUGCGUGGAUUACUACGAGAACAAGAUGUAUCUGACCCCCAGCGAGAAGCACAUGCUCCUCAAGGUCAUGGGUUUUGGUCUCUACCUGAUGGAUGGAAACGUCAGUAACAUUUAUAAACUGGAUGCCAAGAAGAGAAUCAACCUCAGCAAAAUCGAUAAAUUCUUUAAGCAGCUGCAGGUGGUGCCCCUUUUCGGCGACAUGCAGAUAGAGCUGGCCAGAUACAUUAAGACCAGUGCUCACUAUGAAGAAAACAAGUCCAAGUGGACGUGUACCCAGAGCAGCAUCAGCCCCCAGUACAACAUCUGCGAGCAGAUGGUGCAGAUCCGGGACGACCACAUCCGCUUCAUCUCGGAACUUGCUCGCUACAGCAACAGUGAGGUGGUGACGGGCUCCGGGCUGGACAGCCAGAAGUCAGAUGAGGAGUACCGCGAGCUCUUCGACCUGGCCCUGAGGGGCCUGCAGCUGCUGUCCAAGUGGAGUGCCCACGUCAUGGAGGUGUACUCCUGGAAGCUGGUUCACCCCACGGACAAGUUCUGUAACAAGGACUGCCCCGGCACGGCGGAGGAGUAUGAGAGAGCCACGCGCUACAACUACACCAGCGAGGAGAAGUUCGCCUUCGUGGAGGUGAUCGCCAUGAUCAAAGGGCUGCAGGUGCUCAUGGGCAGGAUGGAGAGCGUCUUCAACCAGGCCAUCAGGAACACCAUCUACGCGGCCCUGCAAGACUUCGCCCAGGUGACGCUGCGCGAGCCCCUGAGGCAGGCGGUGCGGAAGAAGAAGAACGUGCUUAUCAGUGUCCUCCAGGCAAUUCGGAAAACCAUCUGUGACUGGGAGGGGGGCCGAGAGCCCCCCAAUGACCCAUGCUUGAGAGGGGAGAAGGAUCCCAAAGGCGGGUUUGACAUCAAGGUGCCCCGGCGUGCUGUGGGGCCCUCCAGUACACAGGCCUGCCAGUGGUCCCCGCGGGCUUUGUUUCACCCCACUGGUGGCACACAGGGCCGAAGAGGCUGCCGAUCCCUGCUGUACAUGGUGCGGACCAUGCUCGAAUCGCUCAUCGCAGACAAGAGCGGCUCUAAGAAGACCCUGAGGAGCAGCCUCGACGGCCCCAUUGUCCUCGCCAUAGAAGACUUCCACAAACAGUCCUUCUUCUUCACGCACCUGCUCAACAUCAGUGAAGCCCUGCAGCAGUGCUGUGACCUCUCCCAGCUCUGGUUCCGCGAAUUCUUCCUGGAGUUGACCAUGGGCCGGCGAAUCCAGUUUCCUAUUGAGAUGUCCAUGCCCUGGAUCCUAACAGACCACAUCCUGGAAACCAAAGAGCCCUCCAUGAUGGAGUACGUCCUCUACCCGUUGGAUCUGUACAAUGACAGUGCCUACUAUGCGCUGACCAAGUUUAAAAAACAGUUUCUAUAUGAUGAGAUCGAGGCUGAGGUGAACCUGUGUUUUGAUCAGUUUGUCUACAAGCUGGCGGACCAGAUCUUUGCUUACUACAAAGCCAUGGCUGGCAGUGUCCUGUUGGAUAAACGUUUCAGAGCCGAAUGUAAGAACUAUGGCGUCAUCAUCCCGUACCCGCCAUCCAACCGCUACGAAACGCUGCUGAAACAGAGACACGUGCAGCUCCUGGGGAGAUCAAUUGACUUGAACAGACUCAUUACUCAGCGCAUCUCAGCUGCGAUGUAUAAGUCCUUGGACCAGGCCAUCAGCCGCUUUGAGAGUGAGGACCUGACCUCCAUUGUGGAGCUGGAGUGGCUGCUGGAGAUCAAUCGGCUCACGCACCGGCUACUGUGCAAGCACAUGACCCUGGACAGCUUCGACGCCAUGUUCCGGGAGGCCAAUCACAACGUGUCCGCCCCCUACGGCCGCAUCACCCUGCACGUCUUCUGGGAACUGAACUUCGACUUCCUCCCCAACUAUUGCUACAAUGGGUCCACCAACCGUUUUGUCCGAACUGCCAUUCCUUUCACCCAAGAGCCACAGCGAGAUAAACCUGCCAACGUCCAGCCUUAUUACCUCUAUGGGUCCAAGCCUCUCAACAUCGCCUACAGCCACAUCUACAGCUCCUACAGGAACUUCGUGGGGCCUCCUCACUUCAAGACCAUCUGCAGGCUCCUGGGUUACCAGGGCAUCGCCGUGGUCAUGGAGGAGCUGCUGAAGAUCGUCAAGAGCUUGCUCCAAGGGACCAUUCUCCAGUACGUGAAAACCCUGAUCGAGGUGAUGCCCAAGAUCUGCCGCUUGCCCCGGCAUGAGUAUGGCUCCCCAGGGAUCCUGGAGUUCUUCCACCACCAGCUAAAAGACAUCAUUGAGUACGCAGAGCUCAAAACAGACGUGUUCCAGAGCCUGAGGGAAGUGGGCAACGCCAUCCUGUUCUGCCUGCUUAUAGAGCAAGCUCUGUCUCAGGAGGAAGUCUGUGAUCUGCUCCAUGCUGCGCCCUUCCAAAAUAUCUUGCCGAGAGUCUACAUCAAAGAGGGGGAGCGCCUGGAGGUGCGGAUGAAACGCCUGGAAGCCAAGUACGCGCCGCUCCACCUGGUCCCUCUGAUAGAGCGGCUGGGGACCCCUCAGCAAAUCGCCAUCGCUCGGGAGGGCGACCUGCUGACCAAGGAGCGGCUGUGCUGCGGCCUGUCCAUGUUCGAGGUCAUCCUGACCCGCAUUCGGAGCUACCUGCAGGACCCCAUCUGGCGGGGCCCGCCACCCACCAACGGGGUCAUGCACGUCGACGAGUGCGUGGAGUUCCACCGGCUGUGGAGUGCCAUGCAGUUCGUCUACUGCAUCCCCGUGGGGACCAACGAGUUCACAGCUGAGCAAUGUUUUGGUGACGGCUUGAACUGGGCUGGCUGCUCCAUCAUCGUCCUGCUGGGCCAGCAGCGUCGCUUUGACCUGUUCGACUUCUGUUACCAUCUGCUGAAAGUACAGAGGCAGGACGGGAAGGAUGAAAUCAUUAAGAAUGUGCCCCUGAAGAAAAUGGCAGACAGGAUCAGGAAGUACCAGAUCUUGAACAAUGAGGUAUUUGCCAUCUUGAACAAGUACAUGAAGUCCGUGGAGACAGAUAGUUCCACCGUGGAGCAUGUGCGCUGCUUCCAGCCACCCAUCCAUCAGUCCCUGGCCACGACCUGCUAGGCAGAAGGUCCUGCAAACCCUCAGCCUGGAGGAGACGAAGCAGCAGGAGAGAGAAAGCCACAGCCAGCCCUGCCGCAGGGCCUGACUGGCCAGCACGUGAGAUGGACCAGGAAGCCAACGAGAACCUCCCCAAAUUCACUGACACCGCCCGAGGGCUGGGCCUGUGCAUGCUCUCCCAUGACAUCUCCAUCUCCAUGGUGGUUUUGCCCUAGUAUAAAUGAAAAAAUGAAACACAGGACAAAAAAGUCUUUUUUGUCCUUUUUUUCCCUCAGCUGUGUUAAGAGCCCUAGUUUCACCCUUUCUCCAUGUCUCAUCCCCACCCCACAUCUGUGGUUGCUUCCCAAGACCUCCUCCCAAGAUGGGGACCUCCUACCCCGUGCCCACGCGUGACCUCAUAGCUGAAUUCUCAGAGCUGGAGAAAGACCGUGGCCGCCGCCCGAGGUAUCAGCCCAGCCUGAUGGUCAUGCUUCCACUCACUGGCUUCCUCCGCUCUGGCUCCCUCCCUCCACAUUCCAGGUGGCCUCUCCUCCUGCUCUGGACACCAGGGAUUCCACCACCAAGAAUACUCCUGGACCAGGUGCUGAGAGCCAUGUGGACAGAGGACAAGGAUCCUGGUGUCGGCACCAUGGUCGAUGGUGUUGGCUCUGGUCAAAAUUUCUCACAGAAUCUCCCCGAGCAUGGGGAGGCUGUUCUGAAAGAUGGAAGCCUGUGGAAGGGAACAUCUCAGCACAGAGCAGACCAUCUUCAAAGGGGUCUGUGCCUCUGCACUUGUAAGGUAAUAUAAAGUGAGACAUUUGAUAUCCCUUCCUCCCCCCCCAGCCCAGGGAGGAAAGAAAAAAGAAAUAGAACAAUAAUGAUGUCCUCCCUCAGCGCAGAUGGAUGUGAACGGUUACCAGUAAUCAGAUGGCCCAUGUUAACCCCCUGGAAAGAGCAAACGUGAACCCAUAGCAAGAGGUUUGUGUGAUGCACUCAGGCACACCAGGGAGGAGGGGUGGGGCUUGCCAAGUGUGGUCCAAAGGCCCCUUACAUCAGGAUUUCCUGAAAUUAGCACAUUUGAUGCCAAUUCCUGGGCCCCGCCUCAAACCCACUAGUUUGCAUCUCUGGGAAUAAGGUAGAGACAUCUGCACUCUCCAGAUGCUGUCCGAGUUCUGUCGCACGUGGAAGUCCAAGGACCACCAUGGCCUUUGAGCUCCCUCUGAGCCAUGAGAACAAAAUAUUUGUAGGGGAAAAAGGUGGUUCAAGGUGGAAGCUGGCAGAUCCUUCUGUCUGGAGGUGCCACGUCCUGUUCUGAUUCUUUAUUUUGGGCUCUUGAUGAUGUUAGAUCAAAGGCAAGAGGGAAAGGUUACACCCCCAUGGUUGAAUGACAUAGAACAUGCCUUCAAAACCCACAUCAAAUCUCUAAAAACCUUCAGUCCUGUCUGGGGACAGCAGCUCUUUCAGACAGAUGACCAGCUCUUAAGUCCCAGAGAUCAUUCCACAUUCCUGACCUUUGCUUUUGUGAAGAUUUGGAUCAUCCAUUUGAUGAGAUUGCUAUUUCAACAACCUGCCCUUCCAGCUCCACAUUCAUAAACCUAAAUUUGACCCUUUUGGUAGAAUCCCAUUAUCUUCAAGAGAUUCAAUCCCAUUAAAUUGAGGUCUUCACCUUUGGGAGAGACAUCUCGUCUCCCCAGCUUGCCAGCAGCAUUUAUUUAUGAGCACUGAACAGGUUUAAUAUUCUUUCCUCCCUGAUAUUACUGUCCUCCUCUUGAUUUUUUCUUUUUGUGUGUGUGUGUCUAAGAACCAGGAAAAAAAAAAUUUUACGUUUUAAAAAGUUAAAAAAAAAAUGUUUCAGAAACUGUCAAAUGUACCAUAUUUGUAUUAAGAGUUGUUGGGGAUUUUUUUGUACAAUGAAUUUACAUUUAUUUAUGGUGACUUCUAUUUACGCUUGUGAUCAAAUAAUGAUGUUAAAUUCUUAAAUCGUAUUUGCUAUGCAGCUGAAGAUGAUAUUUUGCUUUGUAUUUUGGGGUACCUGUGUUGAGGUGAUAAACACGUCCAUCUUCAUUAAAACUGCUUCCAAACUGGUGACACCUGCAUCUUGGUUGCGAUUCCGGGUUGCUUUCCAGUCCUCGUCACCACAUUAAACCUGAUGACUGAGAAAAUAACUGAACGGAAUGGGGGGAGAC